AUGACGGGUAUCUACUUUUGGCGCUCCAAUCCGGAUUCGACCCGAUCGGAAUCAUGCACCUCCUCUGCCGGCGCCAGCCAUUCAAACUCCACUGAACAGGACGCUUCCACUGUCGAGUCGUUGUUAGUAUUGUCCGCAGGUUUCAUCUUUCUUGUUAUUACUGGAUUUAUUUUGUCUUUGGACGGACGCUGCUUCGAUUUCAAUUUACAUUCAUCUUACGGCAAUCUAACGUUCGGCACACAUGCUGCAGUCAACGCCCCACUUAUCACAUGGGGUGCAUUCCAAUCCAUACUGGCGCUCACUUGUGCUUUAAUCGGUGCGGUUUACGUCUAUCCUGGUCUGAAAUUCGGAAAAAUUUAUUUGGAUACUGUAAACAAUGAAUCAGUCCCGUGGAUCAAGCGUCUGCUGUUACAUUUAACC